ACCUGCCUUUCCUCCACAAACUGUCAAACGCAGUCACAUACAAGGCUUAUUGGAUUAAUCUCUAUCUCUCUUUCUCAUAUAUACGUAGUUUCAAACCCACAGGCCUCAAACGUGUGUACUUCUCGUCCUCAUCUUUUGGUUCUCUUUCUUUUUUGGGUCUGGCUCUUUUGGGCCAAUGAGUUCCUCAGAACGCUGAAAAAGGAAGGAGAUUCAGAGGGGCCAACUGACUCAGCUCUGUGUGUUUUUCUUCAAAUAUAUACAAAAUAACUUCUGAGUUCUGUAAAUUUACAGCAAAGAGUCCUUGUGAUUUCUUCAAUGUGGGUAUUCUUGUGUCAUCAGCCUCAGCACUAUGCUGGAGUCGGUGACUUAUUUUGAAAGCUAUAAGGGAUACAACACUAUCAAACAAAAGAGCCCAUUUAUGGCCUGCUCUCUUGCCAUAUCACGGUUUUGUGGGCGUUCUUUUAUUCCAUAUACUAGCAACCAGCAAGUGAAUCCAAUAUCAUAUGCCACUAAUUACAAGAUAAGGCAUCCCCCCUUUGUUUCAAGAAAUUUCUUAGGAAAUCCUUUGUUAGCUGCUUCUGUAUACAGUUGGCGAGGACUUGAUUUCUCAAACCAUGGACCAGCCCAUUCAGAAAGAUUUCGGAUGUUUGCAGCGCUUGAUGUUGCCGCUGCUGUUGAUGUUAUUAAUGAUUUGGGAUUUGAUACUUUGACAUUCUUAGCUGUUACAGUCAUUAUCGUUCCUGCAUUCAAGAUCAUCAAAGCUAGCCCUAUACUUGGUUUCUUCUUCGCUGGGAUUGUACUCAAUCAGUUUGGCUUGAUUCGAAAUCUUACAGAUGUGAAAAUUUUGUCUGAAUGGGGGAUUCUUUUCCUGCUAUUUGAGAUGGGCUUGGAGCUUUCGUUUUCACGUCUAAAGGCUCUUGCAAAAUUUGCCUUUGGCAUGGGAUUAACUCAGGUCGUAUUGUCUACUCUUGCUUUCACAGCCUUCGAACUCCCACCUAAUGGGGCUAUUGGAACCAGAAUUUUGACGUUCCUCUUUAACUCAAGGCCUGAUUUGGUCAACAUCAGAAGCAUUGAUGAAGCCGUAGUGAUUGGUGCUGCUCUCUCUCUGUCUUCUUCAGCUUUUGUACUUCAGCUACUUGCAGAGAAAGGUGAACUCCCUACAAGAUUUGGCUCAGCAACUCUAGGGAUACUUCUUUUACAGGACAUAGCAGUCGUACCUCUCUUAGUCAUACUUCCAGUGCUGGAAAGCCAGAACCUAGCAGAGGGCAGUAUAUGGCCAAUGCUUCUGAAGGAAAGUCUAAAAGCCUUAGGUGGACUGGGUAUUCUUUCUCUUGGGGGAAAAUUCCUUCUUAGACGAGUGUUUGAGUUUGUGGCAGAAGCAAGGAGCUCUGAGGCUUUUGUUGCGCUUUGCUUGUUGACAGUUGCAGGGACUUCACUUCUCACCCAGAAGUUGGGUUUUAGUGAUACGCUUGGAGCAUUUUUGGCUGGAGCACUAUUAGCAGAAACAAAUUUCCGGACACAGAUUGAAGCUGAUAUAAGGCCAUUUCGAGGAUUACUUCUUGGGUUAUUUUUCGUAACUACAGGGACGUCCAUUGACAUGCCGCUUCUUUUCCGAGAGUGGCCGAAUGUGCUUUCACUCUUGGCAGGCUUGAUUGUCAUCAAGACACUGAUCAUAACAGCAAUAGGCCCUCGUGUUGGACUCACUAUAAAAGAAAGUGUAAGAAUAGGAUUGCUUCUAUCUCAAGGAGGCGAGUUUGGAUUUGUAGUUUUUUCUCUUGCAAACAGGCUUGGUGUGCUACCACUUGAGCUUAACAAGUUGCUCAUAAUUGUUGUUGUCUUGUCAAUGGCAUUGACCCCAUUGCUUAACGAAACUGGAAGAAGAGCUGCUGAAUUUAUUGGUGACAAUUUAGAUGCCGAGGAUAAACCUGCUGAGGUGGUCAACUUUGAUUCUAGUGAACCUGUUGUUAUUCUUGGAUUUGGACAAAUGGGCCAGGUCCUUGCCAAUUUCUUGUCUACUCCAUUGGCUUCUGGGAUAGAUGGCGAUAAUCUGGGAUGGCCAUUUAUAGCUUUUGAUCUCGAUCCUUCUGUGGUUAAGGUCCCAAUUUAUGCCAGAGCUCUGGAUCUCAAGCACCUUUUAGAUCUGAAGAAAGCAGGUGCAACAGAUGCUAUUCUGGAAAGUGCAGAGACAAGUUUGCAGCUGGGCUCUAAGCUUUUGAAAGGGCUUGGAGUUAUGUCUGAUGAUGUGAACUUUCUCCGCCAGCUCUUUCGUGAUUCCAUGGAGCUGCAAGCUCAAGAAGGAGUGAGCAAAACUGAUGAUAGAGAAUUUAAUAGUCUGAAGCCUAUGCAGGUGAGAGUUGCCGACUUGAUUGAUGACGCGGUACCCGUUCCAGCCAUGUCAUUAGAAGGCGAAUCAUGGGGGGAAACCAAGGAAGAUAGUUCUUAUAUCUUGACAAUUGAGGGGAAUGUGGACGAAGCAAAUCCCGAAAACAGUGAGCUCAAACAGUCUGAGCAUACAGAAGAGGAAGGAGUUUCACAUAGUGGCUUGGAGACAGAGAACGGUUUUGCAGUUAAAUCACAAGAUGUUGACGGAUCAAACUCUUGUGUAACAACUAAAGAUGAAGUGUAGUGCAGUAUAGGAGGAAAAUAGUGUAAAGCUUGAUUUUUCACUCCAGUGAAUUCAUAAUUCCUUGAAGGUGUCAAAAUCUAGUCUCUUUUGGUUGAGAGUAGCAAUGUGCACAGGAACAAACAUGACUUUGUGAGAGGGCAUCCAAAAGUUGUUUCUGGAAAAGUAGCGGGGGUGCUAAUUCUUUUUAUCAAACCACAGGCUUGUAUAUUGUUUUUUUCAUUUUCUGUUAAUACAAGAGAAAUGUAAGUAAGAAAAAUACAUGGCCUAUUUCAGUUUUAAGCUCUCUUAUCA